CCAGCAGGCCGUCAUCAUGGCCCAGCAGAUGACCAUACAAGCCAUGGCCAUGGUCGGCAGUCCCGUGACGAGUCCCCCGACCUCUCCCAUCACAAGCCCCCCCAUGAGUCCUCUCCUCCAUCACCCUCCAAGCACGUUCGCUCCUGCCAGCCCGUACGCUGCCGUACCUCCAAGUCCCUACGCGAACAUCCCGCCAAGCCCCUACGCUAACUUCACCCCGACUCCCUACGCCACAGCCGUCAUCCCAGGCAGCCCUUAUCCUCCUCCUGCUCAGCAGGGACAAACUCUAUCACAGCCAAACACCCGGCCUCCUGCUGAUCCCCCAACUGAGCCCCGGGCCCGACCUCGCCCUGAAGCUGUACCAGUGCAUCCCAGAUCUAAACCUGCUGCACAG